ACAAAAAUGAAACCAGUCGGACGAACCACACGCGCAGCCUCACGUGCCCAACACACGUACAAGCAGCCCCAGCCCCUCAGCAAAACUGCCUCGCCCAUCUGGAAAGAUUGAAGGGAAACCUAGCGAGCCCCAGGACGAAGUGAGAUUGACAGAGAGCGAUUCACUUCUUUCGCAUAGCUCAGCAUUUCAACCAUGGCCCUGAACAACGCAGUCAGAUCAGCCACAAAGUUGCUCACGUCUACCGAAUCAUUUCUUCCCAAAUCUGCGAGUAGAGGAUUCCAUUCAACCAAGGUGCAGAGGAUGGGGGGACACGGUGGCCACGAUGAGCCCUUCUACCUUCAUGCGAAGCACAUGUACAAUUUGGACAGGAUGAAACAUCAGAAGUUGAAGAUGAGCCUUGGUGUGUUCACCGCUUUCAGUAUUGGUGUUGGGGUUCCUGUGUAUGCUGUCAUCUUCCAGCAGAAGAAAACUGCUUCUGGCUAAGGUCUCACGUCAGCCCCCUUGGCUCCAAUAACACAGACAAAUUUAAGUCAUUUUGUAGCUAUUGGUAGCUUUCAUUGGCUUCAGUUUUCAAAAUUUUAAAUGAAUUUUACCGUUAUUCUGUUUGCUUAAAAACUUGGGAGUACAUAUUCUUGCUUUCGCAAUAAAAUAUUCUUUGGGAUGGUUCUAA